GUCCUUUUCAACCACGUAGUUAAAGAGAUAAACAGCUGAACAAUUUCUCCGGUAUCAACGUUGCAUCAAAGGGUUGUACCUAUCCAACUCUAAUUGUAUUUACAGGAUCACAAAAUUCCAACCUAUGAUUGCAGAGAAAUAGAGGAGGGACGCUCAACAAUUGGGUUUAAGAAAUUGUUUAUUCGCAUGAUAGAUUAAUUUUAUAUUUUUUGCCCAAGGAAAGUAUGGCAUCGAUGAGUUCUGUGGAGUUGAAUUACCUCAUUUUUCGUUAUCUCCAUGAAUCAGGUUUCGCCCACACAGCUUUUGCUUUUGGGUACGAGGCUGGUAUCAGCAAGAACCCUAUUGAUGGAAAUUUGGUUCCACCAGAAGCUUUAAUCAAAUUCGUGCAGAAAGGAGUUCAAUAUAUGGAUAUGGAAGCAAAUUUGAACAAUGCUGAUGAUGAGGACGAAGACUUCUCAUUAUUAAAACCUUUGGAUCUCAUCAGAAAAGAUGUUAAUGAACUGCAUAAAAUUGUAAAGGACAGGAAGAAAAACCAACAGGAGGCUGGGGGAAAGGAAUUGGAUAGAGGACAUGAAGGAGAAAACAUGCACAAGGAAGAUAAGGACAAGGAUGGAAAAAAUAUGGAGAAACAAGACAUGGAAAUAGAAUGUGGAAAUGACAAAGAUAGAGUCGAAAAUGAUAGUAAGCGAUUAAAAAAAUGACAUGAGCGAUCAGAAUAACUGAGGAUAGCUUAUUGAUCAAGAACACAAGAAGCCGUCAAAACAAGAAUAGGAUCUCUUGGUGUAAAAACACUUAUUGUUGUGUUUGGUAAGGUGGGCUGGAUAAUGCUAGAUAGUAUUGUUAAAAUAAUGUCUAUCAUAUUGUGUAGUCUAGUAUUGCAUAUUAAACAUACUAUUAGUUUAAUACUCAAUUGCACACCAUAUUCUUUUUUUC